ACAGUGGCCGCACAGGGAACGCUGCACCAUGGAAUAUGAAGUCAAGAAAGGGAAAAAGGGCUUUGUAUCACCCAUCCGUCGACUGGUGUUCCCCAAGGCAGCACGCCGGGCAGCCUGUCGGAGCAAUGUGAGCCGCAGGCCUCUGCACUCGAUGCCCCUCUACCCCCCCGACUACCUCAUCGACCCCCAGAUUCUGCUGUGCGACUACCUGGAGAAAGAGGUUAAGUUCCUGGGCCACCUCACCUGGGUGACAUCUUCACUGAAUCCCUCCAGCCGGGACGAGCUCCUGCAACUGCUGGACACAGCCAGGCAGCUGAAAGAGCUACCGUUGAAGACCACGGCGGAGCAGGACAGCAUCCUGAGCCUGUCCGCCCGCUGCCUGCUGCUCACCUGGCGGGACAACGAGGAGCUGAUCCUACGCAUCCCCACGCACGAGAUCGCCGCCGCCUCCUACCUGCAGGACGACGCACUGCACCUGCUAGUGCUUAAAACCGGUCUGGGCGUGGACCCGGUGCCGGCGGGUGUGGACGCCAGCCCCGGCGGCUCGGCGCGCGACCCCGGCCCGCCGGGCGCGGCGCCCGAGAAGCGGCGGGUGGGCACCACGGAGCGGCGCCACACCAUCUGCAGCCUGGACUGGAGGAUGGCGUGGGGCGGGGGCGCGGGCUCCGAGAGCCGGGCGGCGGGCGGCGGCGGCGGCGGCGGCGGCAGCCUGGAGCGGCAGCGCGCGGGGGCGCGGGCGUCCGGGAGCUGGGAGCGGCGACAGACGUUCAGCGGCAGCUGGGAGCGGCGACACGGCGGCGGCGGCGGCGGCGCGGGCAAGCCGGGCGGCAGCUGGGAGCGGAGGCAGGCGGGCGGCGGCGGCAGCUGGGAGCGGCGGCACCCGGGCUCCAACCCGCUCGACCCGCAGGACCCCAGCCCUGACGCCUACUGCAACCUGGUCAUCCUGGCCGUGGCCAACAGGGAUGCUGCCGAGGAGUCCUGUGCCCUCAUCUGUCAGGUCUUCCAGAUCAUCUAUGGGGACCAGAGCAUCGAGUGCGUGGACCGGGCUGGCUACCACUACACGUCCACUCCUGAGCGACCGUGGCUCUGCAGCCGCAGUGAGAGCUGCCGCACGGACGGGACCUACGCUUACGACGCUGACUUCAGCUGCUGCAGCUCCUUCAAUGGCUCCCAGGACACAUUCGAAGCCUGUUACAGUGGCACGUCCACGCCCUCGUUCCACGGUUCCCACUGCAGCGGCAGCGACCACAGCGGCCUGAGCCUUGAGCAGCUGCAGGAUUACAUGGUCACGCUGAGGAGUAAGCUGGGGCCCCCUGAGAUCCAGCAGUUCGCGCUGCUGCUGCGGGAAUACCGGCUGGGACUGCCCAUCCAGGACUACUGCGCAGGCCUGCUGAAGCUCUACGGGGACCGGCGGAAGUUCCUCCUCCUCGGGAUGCGCCCCUUCAUCCCGGACCAGGACAUCGGCUACUUCGAGGGCUUCCUGGAGGGCGUGGGCAUCCGCGACGGCGGCAUCCUCACCGACAGCUUCGGCCGCAUCAAGCGCAGCAUGAGCUCCACGUCGGCGUCGGCCGUGCGCAGCUACGACGGCGCGGGGCAGCGCCCGGCCGCGCAGACCUUCCACCGGCUGCUGGCCGACAUCACGCACGACAUCGAGGCGCUGGCCCCGGACGACGACAGCACGGACGCCGAGGCGCACGACGACUCCCCGGGCGCGGGCGACGCGGCCGAGGACAACUACCUGUAGGCUGCCACCGC